AUGUUACAAAUGGAGACACUCGUUGCUGUGGCGCAUCACAGGAACCAAUGUUACAGUCGGUCGAAAUCCCAAGACCACGCCGAGUUUGGUUCCCCUUCACCUUCAAGAGAUUUUAGGGGCAUAAAUUGCAGAACUUUCCAAACGGGGUGUGGUAUUCUACCAACCCCACUCAAUUCUCACACUUCACCGAUAACUAAACGACCCAAAACGCCGAUAACUCCUUCAAGCACAAACAAUGCCCGUUGCAGAACUACUUCCAGUAGCGCCCCGGUUCCCGUCAAUCAGAGAAAGGAGAGAAGUUUCAGCGAGCAUGUUUCUGAUGGGGGCAUUUUGCUCACUGAACUUUGGGCUGGACCUACAUAUUCGAAUUCUCCACCACCCAGUUCCUUGCCUAUUCCGAAAUUUUCUGUAAGGCCUAAGAGGAGUGUGUCCCUUGAUCUCCCUGGUUCUUGUCCUGAAUUUGAAUUGCAGUUAUAUGCUAGUUCUGCCCCUUCCUCCCCUCGUGGGGAAUUUUCUCCUUGUGCCAGAGACCUCUUUGAUUCUGCGACGAAGGCGUUGCGUCGCAUCCUCAAUCUUAACUUGGAUGAUGAAUGA